AUGGAACCGGCGGCCCCCGACGCCGAGGGGGCGCGCGCCGUGCGCGAGGCGCUGGGCCGCUACGAGGCGGCGCUGGAGGGCGCGGUGCGCGCGCUGCACGAGGACAUGCGGGGGCUGCAGCGCGGCGUGGAGCGGCGCGUGGCCGAGGCGCUGCGCCUGGCCGGCCCGCUGGCGCGCACCGUCGCCGAGCUGCAGCGCGACAACCAGCGGCUGCAGGCGCAGCUCGAGCGCCUGGCGCGCCAGGUGGAGGCGCUGGGCCUGGCCGCCGGGCUGCCCCCCGCGGCCGGCGCUCCCGGCACGCCCAGCCCCCCGCCGGCGCCCGGCGGCCCCGACCGCGCGCCCCGCCUGGGCACCGCCCGCUUCGCCAGCCAUGCCACCUUCUCGCUGUCGGGCCGCGGCCAGAGUGUGGAUCAUCAAGACGAAGCCAUUGAGUCGGAGAUGAGAAGGAAUUCCAGCUCCAGCAUCGUUGAGAAUGGGCACCAGCCAGGGCCAGGCGAUGAGCCCCCUGAGGCCACACAAGUGUUCUCGGCACCGGAUACCCCCAAGCCUCGUCCCGUCAGCCUCUCCUUGCGGCUGCCUCACCAGCCCGUCACGGCCGUCACAAGGGUCUCCGAGAGGUUCUCAGGGGAGACCUCAGGCAUGGCUCUGUCGCCCACAUCUGCAGCCAUCCUGGGGGGCCUCAGCCUGAGUCCCAGCGAGACCAGUACACCCUGGACUCCCAGUCCUAGUGAGAAGAAUGCCUGUCUCCCACGGUCUUCAGCAAGCUCUGGCUAUGGGGCAGUGUGGCCAGGCGGGGCCCCGGACAGCCCGCCCCUAGUGACACCACCCCAGUCCCCGCCAUCCCCGCAGCUGCCAGUCACUGCACAAGCCCAGCGCCCAGGGGAGCGGCGGCGGGAGCUGGUACGGUCACAGACGCUGCCCCGCACCUCAGGGGCACAGGCCCGGAAGGCCCUGUUUGAGAAGUGGGAGCAGGACACGGCUGGCAAGGGCCGAGGGGAGACCCGAGCCAAGCUGAAGCGCUCGCAGAGCUUCGGUGUGGCCAGCGCCAGCAGCAUCAAGCAGAUCCUGCUCGAAUGGUGCCGCAGCAAGACCCUGGGCUACCAGCACGUGGACCUGCAGAACUUCUCCUCCAGCUGGAGCGACGGGAUGGCCUUCUGCGCCCUGGUGCACUCUUUCUUCCCGCAUGCCUUCGACUACAGUGCCCUGAGCCCCACGCAGCGCCAGAAGAACUUCGAGCUGGCCUUCACCAUGGCCGAGAAUCUGGCCAACUGCGAGCGCCUCAUUGAAGUGGAGGACAUGAUGGUGAUGGGCCGCAAGCCGGACCCCAUGUGCGUCUUCACCUAUGUCCAGUCGCUGUACAACCACCUGCGUCACUUUGAGUGAAGCCCCUUGGGCCCGGAGCACCAAACAGCAAGCCCAGGAGGAGACCACUGGGCCACAGGGACCCCAGGGAAGUUGCGUUUCCAAGUGAGAGCGCUGUUUGUCCUGUGCUGUGUGACGCUCGCUCCUGUCCAGCCGUGUUGCUGAUGAAAAGUCGCGGCCACAGUGCUGAUCUCGGCCAAGAGCUCUGCAGAGACGGGAAAGCUAGCAGAGAGGGAGAAACUGGUGCUAAGUAAUCAUCUUCUCCAAACCAACGAGGCUUGUCUGUAGACUCCAGAGUGCUAAAUCUCAUUGGUCCCUCUGGUGAAUUCGAUACAUUGGCUUUACCGGGAGACAUUGAUUACCAAGUGUUUUUUUUGUCAAAAUACCCCCUGAGUUUCUUCCUUCCCCACACUAUCCUAGCCUCUUUCCUCCCUCCCUCUGAGCCACUGCCAGGAAACAGAGACCGCUUAAUCAGCAGCUUGACAAAGAAGCUCCGGAGUCUUGAGAAGAAACAGUUUAACCACUCCCAGGUCCUGGGCCCCAGAUGACCUUCAAGUCACCUCGGCGCUCUGGAGAGAGGGAAGGCUCUCGCCUUGGUCCCAAAGCGCUUCUGUCCUUCCCUUCCCUGGAGGCCCCACAAGUGUUUGGCUAAGAAUAGGCUCAUGGGAAGUUAACACUUUUGGGGUCAACAGGCCUUUCGUGCUGAGAGCUAGUUUUUAAUUCACUUUUUUUUUUUUAGGGAAUUUGCUGUAGAUAUUUAUAUUAUAUAUAUAUA